AUGGCCGCCGAUGAAAAGGGAAUAUCAGGGUCACAGGGGAGGGAGGAUUUCGAAAUCGGUCGCCCUUCCCGCGACGAAGAGGAUCUUAUAUCGAGUGAGAAGCCGGGGACCGAGCAGUCUGAAAAUACGACUCUGGACAGCAACACGCCAAUAUCGUAUCUCUACCUCACCUUCAACACGGAUUUGCCAUCGCCGCCAACAAUACAACAGCCGGACCUCCAUGGUCGACAGUCGCCUCCAUGCCCAGACUUGAGGGCUUACACGUCUCCCCUGACAUGGGGUGCCACGCGAAAGAGCGUGUUGCUCAUCCUGUCAUGCCUAGCGACGUUCCUGACGGCAUUCACUGCGGGUGCUUACGCGCCGCCGGCAAGUAUCAUGGCGGAUGACUUUGGGACCUCUCGGCUUGUUGUUCUGGUAGGCAUCACCACGUUUUGCAUGGGAUUUGCCUUUGCGCCAAUGGCUCUCGCGCCAAUGUCUGAGAUAUGGGGGCGCUAUCCCAUCUUCAUCAGCGCCGGCAUCGUCCUCGUCGUCUUCCAGGCCGUCUGCUCUGUCAUGCCGGAUGCCGCUGGCAUGCUGGUAUCACGCUUCCUCGUCGGUAUCGGCGGCUCGGUCUUCUCUGCGGUCAUUGGAGGUGUGCUGGCUGAUCUAUGGGAAAAGGAGGAACGAAACACACCGAUGGCACUGUUCAGCGGUGCCGUCUUGGCUGGUACAGGAGCCGGUCCACUGGUUUCUGCUGCGUUGAUCGAGACGGUGGGCAGCAAUAAUCGUGCCUGGAAGUGGUCGUUCUGGGUUCAGGUCAUUCUUGACGCUGGUCUGCUGCUUGCUCUGGUUUUCUUCUUCAAAGAGAGCAGAGCUUCCGUCUUGUUGUCCAGGAAAGCAAAAAAGCUCAAUAAGUGGUAUGAAGAGUUGGAAGCGCAUGGUAUAUACGGGCUAUGGAUCAACAGCGAACUGGCUCUUAUGGCGUCCGCAGCGUCGAGCCAAACAACAAUCACCCUCGACAUGAACGGGCGGAGCAACCCUUCCACACCCCGUUUACGGCGAAUCCGAUGGAUAGUCAAGGAAGACGAACAACGCGCUUCCUUGGGACAGAUCGUUUUGACUUCAAUCAGGAGGCCGUUUCACCUCCUCCUCACAGAGCCAGUCGUCUUCUGCUUCUCUCUAUGGGCUGCCUUUUCGUGGGGCGUACUGUAUCUCUCUUUUUCGGUCGUCCCUUUCCUCUACGGCGAGAAUUUCAGCUUGUCGAGCAGAGUGUAUGUGGCCAUGAUGAUAGCCUCCGCGGUAGCGACCGUAGUCGGCAUCUUCCAGGAGCAUCUCCUGAAGCACUCUCAAUGGAUGAAGCAGGAAGAGGGCUUCCAGUACUCUGACUCUGCGUUCUGGGCCUUUAUGCGGAGACGGUUCCCGGCUGAAGCACCGGAAGCGAGGCUCUACUUCACUUGCAUCACUGCACUGCUCUUGCCGGUUGGCCUCUUUAUCGCCUUCUUGACAACGGGAGGAUACUCGAAAGCAAUCGGUCUGGGGCUGGCGACCUGGGGCAUCUACUCUGUCUACCUCGCCACCUUUAACUACCUGGCCGACACGUACCACAUCUACGCCAGCUCCGCUCUUGCAGCGCAGAGCUUCUGCCGGAACGUUCUCGGCGGCUGCUUUCCGCUGAUUACGAGCAUCAUGUUUACGAAUCUUGGUACAAAGGGCGCUGGGGCUAUGCUGGGCGGCAUUGCUACGGGACUGACGAUUAUUCCUUGGGUGCUUCUCUUUUACGGAGAGAGGAUCCGUGCGAAGAGCACAUUUGCCAAGAUCAUGAAGAAGCGAUAUUGGUCCUUUUUAAUAGCGUCUUAA